ACACUAUUUUUCACUUGUAGCCGGAAUUUCAAAGAGUUCACAAGCAACGUCACCAGAGAAUUACUAAUUAAUAUCAGUUUCCAACAUGAGCGCGCUAUCUAUCAAGUGUUUUUGCUGACGAAAAUUACCGAAAUGAACGGCCGUGCACAUCCGAUUCAGCGUUCCGACAUCCAUCUUCAUAUUGAUGUACCAGUAUCAGAUAUGGGCUUAGAAAAUACCCCUAUAGUAGAGCCUUGUCAUCGUAUAACCACAAUGAAUCGGCGAUACUACCGAGGAUGGAUGGUCUGUCUAGCGGGUUUUAUUCUCGAUGUACCUUUCAUGGGAAUGGUUAUGAGUUUUGGGGAGCUACUCUCCCCACUGCUCGACACAUUUGGUGGAGGUACCGCAUUAAUAAGUUGGGUUGGUUCUAUAGGAUUUGGAAUGGCUUACGUCGCCAACCCAAUUUCAGCAAAUUUAUAUCACAGAUUCGGGUGCCGGAGAGUGUCACUAUGUGGCGUCCUACUCGGAGCAAUAUCACUUUUCCUCUGCUCUUAUGUUAAAUCAUUUGGACUGAUGUUCCUUACGUAUAGUUUGAUGUUUGGAUUUGCCACCAACUUAACAUACAAUCCACCUUUGAUUUUAACAGGUGCGUGGUUUCAAACGCACCAUCAUGUACUUGCCACCUGCACUUUAGUGGCUGGAAUUCCUUUUGGUUCUUUAGUAAUGAAUCCUGUAUGUGAAGCGUUGUUAGAGCGUGUAGGUCUAGAGAAAACAUUUGUCUGCCUGUCUGUUGUUGUGUUAGUAAUCGGAAUACCAUGCUCCCUUGUGUUCGCACAGCCCCCAGAUGAUUACGAUGAAUUAGAUGAAAAAGGAGAGAACGACAUAGGUGUACAGACACCGAAAACACAAAUACCUAACUCUGACAGUGGUAGCGAGUGGCUGAAAGAGAUGAUAAGCAAAGAGCGCGAGCCUUAUUCUAUAUGUUGCGUGGGAUGCCAACCUGAAUUGUGGACCGAUAGUAUUUUCUUACUUUAUCUGCUCGGACAAUUUGUGAAAGGUCUAGGCUACGUUUUUCCAUUUAUUCAUUUGGUAACUUUCAUGAGAUCAAUCGGAAUUCCUGGAAAACAAGGAUCAAUUGUAAUGACAAUAAAAGGAUUAUCGGAUAUGAUAGGUCGACUUUUAGCAGGCAUUCUAGGUGAAAGUCUGCCUUUUCAAAUCAUACAUAUGUACGUUAUUUGCACGGGCAUCAUGGCGAUUACAACCUACUUAGUUACGUUUGCUCACAACUUCACACACAUGGUAUUCUAUGCUAUAUUUAUAGGCUUCUUCAAUGGUGUUUUCAACUCGUUGCUUUUCCCUACAACAACGCAAUUGUUUCGUAAAGACCUCGCUAGGCAAGCAUGGGCAUUCUGCCAGGUACCACCGGGUAUAGCCAUCAUUAUAGGACCCGGAGUCGCUGGUUUCAUAUACGACGCAACUAAAAAUUAUACGGUGGAUUUUUAUGUAAAUACAGGCAUUUUUGAAUUAGCAAUGUUAAUAUUUGCAAGUAUACCAGCCAUUAGACUGGGCAGAUGGCUAUGGGAAAAUAAACACCAAACAGAAGAAUCCAAGAGACGUCCAACGGUGAUAGAGAUGACGCGUUUGUUUGUCAAGGAGUAUCACGGGAAACGCAAACACCAACAAAAGGGUUACAGUUCGUUUGAAUAAUUUCCUAAAAUAGGUCUAAACUAAUUAAAUGUAAAACCAGAGUAAUCAUUGUUUGAAUUGACCCUCCUCUACCUGUCUGUCAUGAGCUAAAAAUUCGAUUCCAUGAAUUGCUUAAUUUAUAUAAAUACCCCCAAUAGGGAGAUUUCGCAACCGUACGAAAACGAUAACGAAUACGUCAUUAUCAUUAUCGUCAUUCGUGCCUAAAUUGCAAAUAUGCUGUACGCGCUGAGUAUGAUCCUUUAUUCAUGCAAAAGGUAUGAAUCGCCUGACAGAUAGACUCCUGUAUGGGAAGGGUUGUCUAAAAAUUCUAUGACGUAACCGUAUUCGUUAUCGUUUUUGUAAACUUGCGAAAACUCCCUAAUUAAUUUUUUAUCGAGAAUUUAAUUUUUCUCGUCAAUUACCGAAAUUGACAAAAAAUGUAUUACCUCUAUUCGUUUGCAUGGGCUUGGUAAUAAGUAUAAGGAUUUUGUAGAAAAGUCUGUAACUCAGAAUCAACUUUCUUUCCUUUUUUUUGUGGAAAUUAAUAACUUAUUUGAUUAUUUUUAAAUGAACAAUUUAAAAUCUUAAUUGAAUUUUUGUGGUUUUAACGAUGUUUUUGGCAGACAGUGUACCUUUAUUGUUGGUGUAUACUUUUCAGGCAAUAAUAUGGUAUUUAUUUGUUUCAAUCUUAGUAAUAGUCCUAAUUUAAAAUGGAUGUGAUAUUUUCUAUAUAAGUUUAGAUUGUUGUGAAAAAGAUAUAAAUGUGCAAAUAUUAAUAGUGCUUUAAGAAGCAAUAACAGUUUUACUGUAGUAUGUACUUAGAAUAAAACAAAAGAAUGAUUGUCGUCCCUAAUGUUUACAAUAGCACUUGUCUUAUUGUGUAGCGAUACUUCAAGCUUGGGCUCAAGUAAAAUGAAUGUCAUCUUAACAAAGUGAAUCCCAAUAGAAUAUAGGCUAGUAAGAAUUAUAGUAUAAUAAAAUUUGCGACAUCAUUACUUGUUACAUUUCCAAACAAACAACGAAUACAUUGUAAAUUGCAAAGGAUGACAAUGGAUAUUGUAAUAAUAAUAAAAUGCAUUUAUCAACAAUGCAUUAAUUACAAACAUCAGUUAAUGAAAUAAGGAAUUAAUAAAAAUAUUUAUUAAAAAAACAAA